AGGAUGGGACAAGACGCAGGGAAUUUACUCCAUGUAGCGUUUGUCCAGCGCGAGUAGGAUUAUUUACAGCCGAACUUUUUUUCUAGGAACCCAAGGCAAUUGGUUGAACUCUUCAGGGACAAUUUAAAACUUUUUUCUUUGUAAAUUAACUGAUUAUCUUUUUUAUUUUUAUAUAUAUUUUUUUCCCUCCACAAUCACUUGGUUUACAUCUUUUAAUUUUUUUUUUUUUUUUUUUAAUAAUUCGUUUUUACGGUUAUUUCUUCAUAUGACUCGUUUAAAUAGAGGUCUAAUGAAUUUCAAGCAAGAAUGAAUAAGUUUCUCGUUAGUUUCCUCAUUUUGGCGCUGACCACCAGCGCGCUCUCCUCAUCCGUCUCGCCGGUGAAGAGACACUCCGGCGCGGAUGACAGCGCCUCGACACUGGCCUUUGUCUUCGAUGUUACCGGCUCUAUGUACGACGAUCUCAAACAGGUGAUAGAUGGUGCUUCUCGGAUCUUGGAGAGAACCCUGAGCCGCAGAACUAGACCAAUCAAGAACUUCGUGCUGGUUCCUUUCCAUGAUCCAGACAUUGGUCCUGUUUCCAUCACUACUGAUCCCAAGAAGUUCCAGAAGGAUCUUCAAGAGCUGUUUGUUCAGGGUGGAGGGGAUUGUCCAGAGAUGAGCAUUGGGGCCAUCAAGAAGGCUCUGGAGGUCUCUCUACCUGGAUCCUUCAUCUAUGUUUUCACAGAUGCCCGAGCCAAAGAUUAUCGCUUGAAAAGAGAUGUUCUUCAGCUUGUACAGCUCCGACAGUCUCAGGUUGUGUUUGUGUUGACGGGGGACUGUGGGGAUCGGUCUCAGCCGGGAUACAGAGCUUAUGAGGAGAUUGCUGCCACCAGCUCCGGUCAGAUUUUUCACCUGGACAAACAGCAAGUCAAUGAGGUUCUUAAAUGGGUUGAGGAAACUGUCCAGGCUAUGAAGGUCCACCUUCUCUCGUCCGACCAUGAAACUGCCCAGGAGACUCAGUGGGAGGUGCCCUUUGACCCCAGUUUAAAAGAAGUCACCGUGUCAUUGAGUGGUCCAGCGCCACAAAUUGAGCUCAGAGACCCUCUUGGUCGCGUAGUUGGAGAGAGACAGGGUCUGACAGAACUGCUCAACAUCCCAAACUCAGCACGGGUGGUCAACCUGAAGAACCCUCGACCAGGACCAUGGACAUUAAAGGUGGGCUGUGGUGGUAGACACACACUUAGAGUAACAGGUGUGAGCAACCUGGACUUCAGGGCGGGUUUUUCUAGUAUACCUGUCACAGAGUUCAACAGAACCAGAGAGAGACCUAUUAAAGGCGUUCCAGCCCACGUGAUGCUGAAGUGUUCAGGUCUGAAGCCUCCUGGUCUGGUUACCAAUAUGGAGCUAGUAUCUUUAGGGGGCCGCUCGUUACGUACCAUUCCUGUGCCUUUGCCUGAUGAUGGAGGCUCAGGAGGUAUUUGGAGGAUCCCAGAGUUUCGAACACCAUCUCAGAGCUUCUUCCUCAAAGUGUCUGGAAAUGAUGGAGAUGGCUAUAACUUUCAGAGACUGUCUAGUGUGUCAUAUACCAACAUUAUCCCAGAGCCUCCACGGGUGAACAUGCCCACUGUGGUAAGAGGCUUCUACAUGCAGCCUGCUAUGAUUGACUGCUCUGUGGAGAGUGACCUGCCCUAUAGACUGAGAUUCACCAAAGGUGGAAGCACAAUAGGAGAGGAAAGAACCUAUGAGUCUUCAGUUAAAGCAUCAUGGGAAAUUCCCCAUGCCUCAGGCAGUGAUGAAGGAGCAUAUGAAUGUGUGGCCCAGAGCACUGCAGGCAUGGGACGAGCUCUCACGCAACUCACUGUCAGAGAGCCCCCUCCUGUUCUGCAUCCUCCUGUGAAUGUGACGUCAUUCCCAGGGACAGUGGCAGUGUUGUCCUGUCAGGUUCAAGGCUCUGUACGGCACAACCUGACCUGGUAUCGGACUGGCACCACUUUAUCAUCCCGCUCAGAAAGGGUGAAAGUACUGGCCAAUUCCUCUUUGGAGAUCAGCUGGGUUCGCAGCCAGGACGCCGGACCCUACCAGUGCAGAGCCACAAACGCCCAUGGAGAGAGCCAGGCUGUCGUAUGGCUGGUGGUCCUAGAGGCCCCAUCUGUGGUUGUCUCCCCUCAGACACAAAGCUUCUCUCUGGGUGCAGAGGUCCGCAUCUCCUGUUCGGCAUCUGGUUCCCCUCCUCCAAAGGUUUUCUGGAGCCAUGGCAACAUCUUUCUGUCCAACCACCAUCGAAUGAGCAUCUCUGAGUCUGGCACGCUGAUGAUUCAAGGAGCUGUCCCUGAGGAUGCUGGGAACUAUACAUGCCUGGCCACCAACGAGGCUGGCACUGCCUCUCAGUCUGUUAGCGUCAGUUAUGCAGAGCCUCCGAGCAUCUCUGUGGCACAGCAGGUGGUGAUGGUCGUUGCUGGUGAAGAUGCCAGUCUCGAAUGUCAGGCUGCUGGCACUCCCCCUCCAUUGGUAAAAUGGCAAAAAGGGGAUCUGGAUCUGGGAACAGUUCCAUUUGCGGAGCAGAAUGUCCAUCGUGGAUCGCUGCGGAUCCGUGGGGUUCAGAAACUAGAUUCUGGAGAAUAUACCUGUGUGGCCUCAAAUGUUGCUGGGUCUGCCUCUGCUGUGGUCAUACUACAGGUGGGAGCUGCUCCUACAUUCUCCGACUCUCCUGUGGACAUAACAGCCAGUGUGGGUGAUAACAUUACUCUACCAUGCAUCGCCCGUGGUUUCCCCACACCUUCUCUGACAUGGAGACGCCAGGACGGACGUCCCAUUUUUGGCAAGUCAUCUGGCCAUGUCGGAACCUCUCAACUGCCUUCUGGUGCCCUUCAGAUCCAGAGUGUUUGGGUUGAUGAUGAAGGUGUUUAUGUUUGUGAGGCCAAAAACCAGUUUGGAUCCAUCAAGGCUCUAGCCAGAGUCACUGUUACUGGUUUAGAGCCCCCAUUAUUAGUUCAAGGUGCACCAGCUGUCACAGUGAUGAUUGGUCAGCCUUUGAACCUUCCCUGUAUGUUAUUAGAUGGCAUUCCUCUUCCUGACAGAGUCUGGACGCACAAUGGAAAACAAGUGCGUGUUGGUGGAAGAGUCUUUCUAAGGAGUGACGGCAGUCUGCAUGUAGAUAGAGCUGGAGCAGGUGAUGCUGGGACAUAUGUGUGCACUGCCAUCAAUGUAGCAGGAUCAGCCAAUAUUACCGUCACAGUGGAAGUUCAUGCCCCUCCUGAUAUCAAGGCUGGUCCUCUGCACUACACAGCCAAUGAGGGCACACCCAUCUCCCUGUCCUGUGAAGCAAGUGGGGUUCCCAAACCCACCAUCGUCUGGUCCAAGGGUCGAGAUCCCUCAAACAGGCCUGUGUCCGCACCUUUUGAGGCAGCUGAUGGAAGUCUGUACAUCCCCAGUCCCACAUCGGAGGAUGCAGGAGUUUAUGUGUGCACCGCCACCAGUGCUGUGGGCUACACCAGCAGAGAGAUGCAUCUGAGUGUUAACAGCAAACCAAGAAUUGUUGGUGCUGACGGGUCACAGGCAGUGGUAAAAAUGGCAGCAGAGGUUGGAUCAGAGGUCAUCCUUCCAUGUGAAGUUCAUGGAAGUCCUACACCUCUGGUGACUUGGAGCAGAAAUGGGCAACCAAUUCCUCCUGUCACAGCCUGGUUCACUGUUCUGCCGUCUGGUUCUCUGAAGAUUAGUGAUGUCAGGCUGAUAGACAGUAAAUUCUACACCUGUUCUGCUGCUAACCCAGCUGGCAAUGUCUCACUCACCUACAAUUUGCAAGUACAAGCUAAACCAAGGAUUCAGCCAGCACCUACGUCUCUUAAGGCUCUGAUUGGCCAGACGGUGGUGUUGCCAUGUGUGGUCCAAGGAGAGCCAAGGCCUCAGAUCAGCUGGCUUCAUAACGGACUUCUUGUGGGCAGUGAUAGGAUGCUGAAGAUCCAGGCGGUCCAGCACUCAGACAGCGGCACGUACAGUUGUGUAGCCAGGAAUAGUGCUGGAGAAGAUACCAUUGAGAUUGUUCUGAACAUUUUAGAGGGCCCCUAUUUUGAGACAAAUGGAGAGACCAUCAUUGAGACUGUGGCUAACAGCAGAGUGCUCAUUCCUUGCCCUGCAAGAGGGUCUCCUGCUCCUUGGGUGCGAUGGUUCAAAAAUGGCCUGGAGGUCCAUAUGGAGCGAUCGGAGCACGGUGUGUCUUUGGCUGAGAAUGGGUCGCUGGUGAUUGGCUCAGCUUUGACCAGUCACAGUGGAGAUUUUAAGUGCGUGGCCACUAAUGAAGCAGGAUCAGUGGAGAGGAAGACCAGGAUAAAGGUCAAUGUUCCACCAGAGAUCCAAGACGAUGGGCAACCUUUGAAUCUGACAGUCACACUGAAGCAGCCCCUCACAUUGGGAUGUGAUGCUUUCGGUAUCCCAACCCCAACCAUUACCUGGACUAAAGACAACAGACCUGUAUUGGAGACUCCAGGGGUGUAUCUGCAGAAUGGAAAAAGGCUUUUAAAGAUUUACCGUGUUCAGCAUGAUCAUGCUGGCCACUUUUCCUGCACUGCCCAGAACUCUGCUGGGGAAGCCAGGAGGGAGUAUAUUAUUGAAGUACAAGCUCCACCAGUAAUUUCAGGCACCUCAGGAGUGCAGGAAAUGACUGUCAUUGCAGGGCAGGAAGUGGACAUUCAGUGCAGAGUUAGUGGCCGCCCACUGCCUACAGUGGAAUGGAGUCAUGAUGGAGAGGUUUUAUCCCCUAAUGGAGACCCUCAUGUGGAGUUUCUGGAGAAGGGGCAGGUUUUGAGAGUCAAGUCUGUCAGGCCGAGGGAUCGUGGCCUGUAUCAGUGUGUGGCCAGUAACAACGCUGGGACUCAGACUCGGCAGUUCAGGCUGAAAGUACAAGCUGCUCCCAUGAUUCGUGAUGCUGGUGAGAAUUCAGAGGUGACUGUCGUUCUGGGCUUCCCUGCUAUUCUUCACUGUGAAGUUGAGGGGAUCCCACUUCCCACUAUCACCUGGCUAAAGGAUAACCAGCCCAUUGUGUCCAGCCCUCAGCUCACGUACACAAAGGGUGGACAGUCUUUGCGUGUGGCUGCGGCCCGUGGAGAGGAUGCAGGCACCUACACCUGCCGAGCAACUAACCCCGCUGGAACAGCACACAGACACCACACACUAAGAAUUAUGGUACCUCCACAGAUUGAGGGGGAUUCUACGACUCUCAGCUUUGGCAGAAGAGAAGAGAAAGUGAGAAUUAAUGGGACAUUGACUUUGUCAUGCCUGGCCAAAGGCUUUCCAGAGCCUGUCACACAAUGGUUUAAAGAUGGACAGCUAUUAAAUGGGAACACACACACCGGUCUGAGAGUGAACAGUCACAUGCUCCUCAUCGAGAAUGCCAUGCUGUCUCAUGAGGGCCAGUACACAUGUGUGGUUACCAAUUCUGCUGGAGAGGACAAGAGAGACUUCCACCUUAUUAUACAAGUGCCUCCAAUCUUUCACCGGGUAAUAAAUGGUGCUGCUGGUUUCUCGCUGGGGGAGAGAGAAGGAGAUGAAGAGGAUCCUGACGGCACUGAAGGGAUGGUUGAAAGGCGAGAGGUGGUACUGGGACACUCCAUCAGUUUGUCCUGUGAGAGCAAUGCUAUUCCUCCUCCUCGACUCAGCUGGUACAGACAAGGCAGGCAACUUACCAGCUCCGAUGGAGUUGUGAUGUUACCUGGAGGGAACGUCCUGCAGAUUCCACGGGUUCAGCUUGAGGAUGCUGGGAAAUAUACCUGCCAGGCUGUGAAUGAAGCUGGAGAGGACAAAAUGCACUAUGACCUGGAGGUGUUGGUUCCUCCUUUGAUUGAUGGCGAGACUGGUGAGUUCAUGCAGGAUGUGGAUGCUGUGGUCAACUCGACUAUAUCACUGCGCUGUGAUGUCACAGGAAACCCCACUCCAUCUGUAUCUUGGCUGAAGGAUGGUCUGCCCCUCUACAGCGGCCCUCACCAUCAGAUAUUAGAGGAUGGGAAACUGCUGAAGAUACUGAAUGUGCAAGUGUCAGAUACGGCCAGUUAUCAGUGUGUGGCAGAGAAUAAGGCUGGAGCUGUCGAGAGACUCUACAGCUUGUCUGUUCAAGUUCCACCAAGGAUUGUGGGUCGCCGAGAGGAGGAUAUGAGUGUGGUGGAGGGUCACAUGAUCUCUUUGCUGUGUGAUGUGCAGGCAUACCCGCCUGCUGACAUCAUCUGGACCAAAGAUGGGCAGGUGCUGGAGUUCAGCACUGGCAUCCACAUACUGCCAGGUGGUCAGAUGCUGCAGCUUCCCAGGGCUGGACAGCAGGAUGCCGGCCAAUAUGUCUGUACAGCCACAAACUCAGCUGGACAAGACCAAAAGAGCAUUCUCCUUACCGUCUAUGCCCUGCCUUCACUGGUGCCACGUCUUGAACCAGAGUCAGAGGUUAUGACACCUCAGGUUGGGUCAUUGCUUAUUCUGCGUUGUGAAGCCAAUGGCACCCCUGAACCAGAGGUCACAUGGUAUCGUAAUGGACUUCAGCUGGCUGCUGGGAAUGGUUUGAGGAUAGAGCGGCAGCAGCUUGAGAUAGUUGGGGUGCAGGUGGCUGAUGGCGGAGUGUACACCUGUAAGGUGUCCAACAUUGCAGGUCAAGUAGAUCGCACCUUCAGAGUAACAGUCCAUGUGCCUCCUGUGAUGGAGGGCCCUCUUCAUGAGACCCUCACUCAAAACAUGGGCUCACACAUCACCCUCAUCUGUGAGGCCUCUGGUGUACCUGUACCCAACAUUGCUUGGCUGAAAGACGGCUCUCCUAUUGAAAGCAGUUUGCAAUGGAACUGGUCAGCGAGAGGAAACAGACUGGAGUUAGGCCCUCUGCAGCUCUCUCAUGCCGGCACUUACACCUGCAUCGCUAAAAACAGUGAGGGGCAGACGCAGAAGGACUACUCCCUUACUAUAUUUGCGUCACCCACCAUUAUAGAUUCUGGCCACCCAUCAGAGGUCAGUGCACCUGUUGGGGAGGAAUUGACUCUUGAAUGUCGGGUGAAGGGUACACCUACUCCCAAAGUGAGCUGGCUGAAGAACGGAAAGACUCUUGAGAAUGGAAACACAGAGCAUAUAGAUAUCUCUCCAGAUGGGAGCACUCUAACACUUCUGAAUAUAAGGCCAGAAGACUCAGGAACAUACACCUGCCUGGCUGUCAGCUCCGCUGGCCAAGAGAGCAAGAUCUAUACCUUGUUCGUACUGGUUCCUCCCUCCAUAAGUGGAGAGACCAGUGUCCCCCGUGAAGUGCACACCACUCAGCACAGUGUGGUCACACUAGAGUGCAAAGCAACUGGGACUCCUCAACCUCAAAUCAGCUGGCUGAGGGACGGUCAUCCUUUACUCCUGUCACCCCGUGUCCGCCUGCUUUCUGCAGAUACUGUUCUUAGGAUUGCACCGGUGCAGCUGUCUGAUUCUGGCAUCUACACUUGUGUGGCUCGUAGCCGAGCUGGAUCAGCUGAACUCAACUUUGACCUCCACGUGCAAGCUCCCCCUGCGGUUGAGCGCACAGAGCCGACUGAGCAGGUGGCCGUGGUCCAGGGCUCUUCGGUAACACUGACCUGUGAAGCCCGUGGUGUGCCUCCUCCAACUCUAUCGUGGCUGAAAGAUGGCCAACCGCUUUCACUGCACCGUAAUCUUCUGCUGGAUGGACAGGAAACCCGUUUCCUGCUCUCUGAUGUGGGUCCCAGUGAUGGAGGCCUCUACAGCUGUGUGGCGAGCAACCAGGCAGGAAGCAGUACCAAGACUUUCAACCUGACCGUGCUAGAGCCCCCCAAAAUCUCUGGCUCUUCAUCCCCUGACGAGCAGCUGGUUGCAGUGGACAGUGUGCUGGAGCUGGAGUGUAUCGCGACCGGUCUUCCCCCUCCAACCCUCAGCUGGCUGAAAGAUGGCCGUCCACUACAGGACAGCAUGGCAGUAAUAGAGAGAGAUGGGCAGAUGCUCAGAAUCAACAAAGUUCAGGUGGAGGACGCAGGUCUGUAUACCUGUAUUGCUAGUAGCCCAGCAGGAGAGGAUGGUAGAAACCAUUGGGUGCGCAUUCAGCUUCCACCCACUCUUCUCGGAACUAAUAACGUCAGAACUGUAUCAGUUCCAGCUAAAGGUCACUUGACACUGGAGUGUCAAACCGACAGUGACCCUCCACCAGAGAUUGAGUGGUACAAGGAUGAUGUCAAACUACAGUUGGGAGGUCGAAUUCAGUCCAUUGCUGGUGGACAGUAUUUGGAAGUUCAAGAUGUCCGGACCCAAGAUAGUGGACAGUACAGCUGCGUGGUCACCAACAUUGCUGGGAGCACCAGUCUGUUCUUCACUGUGGAGAUUCUCUUGCCGCCGGUCAUCAGAGAGGGCAGCUCACUGAUCGUAGCACAUGUCAAUCAGGAUGCAGUGUUGCCAUGUGAGGUGGAGGGAGGGCCUUCCUCAUCUGUCUUAUGGAGGAAAGAUGGCGGUCCAGUCCCACUUCACCAUGGCAGAUUCACCUUGCUAUCAGAAGGCUCUUUGCGCAUUGCGUCAGUGCAGCUGUCUGACGCCGGACGUUACUACUGCAGUGUAUCCAAUCAGGCAGGAUCAGACCAUCGCGGCAUGGACCUUAAAGUCUAUGUUGGGCCCUCAAUCAGCCCUGGCCCCUUUAAUGUGACGGUGGUCACAGGUCAGAGAGCAGUGUUGAGUUGUGAGAGCACUGGCAUACCUGCACCUCAGGUGAGCUGGAAAAGGAACGGCUCACCCCUCAAUGUGGAUCUUCAGUCUGGCGCUUACAGGUUAAUGUCUUCUGGCUCUCUGAUCAUUACCUCACCGUCUGUUGAGGAUGAGGGCUACUUUGAGUGCACAGUGACCAAUGAGGUUGGAGAAGAGCGAAGGGUCAUAGAGGUCAUUCUGCAAGUUCCUCCUGUAAUUAAAGAUGAUGUCAGCAGUGUUACGGCUGUUAAAAUGUCCCCUGUCGUGUUGCCAUGUCAUGCCGCGGGACGUCCAGAUCCUGUCAUCAGCUGGAACAAGAACUGGAUGCAGCUGGGCGCUCGAGGGGGCAGUUACCGUGUGCUGCCCACAGGUGCACUGGAGAUCUUGGCUGCAACACCUAGUCAUGCUGGCAAAUAUACCUGCUCUGCCCGCAAUUCUGUUGGAGUGGCUUACAAACACGUUACUCUUACUGUACAGGAGCCCCCAGAGAUCAGACCCAUGGCAGAAGAAGUCCAGGUGGUGUUACAUCACUCAGUGGUUCUACCCUGUGAAGUACAAGGAUUCCCAAGACCAACCAUUACAUGGCAGCGAGAAGGUGUUCCCGUGGCGACAGGUCAUAGACUGACAGUGCUGCCCAAUGGAGCUUUGAAGUUCUCACGGGUCACUCUUGGAGAUGCUGGAACAUACCAGUGUUUAGCACAGAAUGAAGCAGGAACAGCUAUGGGAAGAACCAACCUCAUUUUACAAGUUCCUCCGGUGUUGUCUGUACCUCGUCUGGAGUACACAGCAGUUCUUGCCCAUCCGGUCAGUCUGGAGUGUACAGCGGACGGUCAGCCAAAGCCAGAAGUGACGUGGCACAGGGAGCGUAGGCCUGUGGUGGAGGGCACACACCUGAGACUGUUCUCUAAUGGCACCCUGCACAUCACUGCCACUCAACGCAGCGAUGCAGGCAUCUACACCUGCUCAGCCCGAAACAACGCCGGUAGAGCCAGCCAUGACAUCAGACUAAUUCUGCAAACCCCACCACAGAUUUCUGUUGGUCAGUCAGAGAUGUCUGUCAUCCAGGGAUUUCAAGCACUGCUGCCAUGUGCAGCACAGGGUCUUCCAGAGCCCAGGGUGAGCUGGGAGAAACAGGGAGUCCCUGUGCCAACCCUCCCGGGCAAAUUCACUCUGCUAAGGUCAGGAGAACUGAUUAUCGAAAGGGCAGAGCCUGGUGAUGCAGGUCUGUUCACAUGUGUAGCCACCAACACUGCUGGAACAGCUCGACGGGACAUUCGCCUGUCUGUUAACAUGAGACCUGCUUUUAAAGAGUUACCUGGUGAUGUGACGUUGAAUAAAGGCCAAAGUCUCACCCUUUCCUGCCAUGCUCAGGGCACUCCACCCCCCACCAUAACCUGGACUGCCAACAACAGGCCCUAUACAGGUGCAAGUGUUGAUGGAUCUGGCAGAAGUUCAGUGAUUAUUGACAAUGUCACUGUAAGUGAUGGCGGCACCUACGUCUGCAUUGCAGAGAACAUUGUAGGAUCCAUACGGGCUCUUUCUUUCGUGCGUGUCAGAGAACCUCCCAUGUUGAGAGGGGAAGCCCACACCUUUCAGAUAGUAGUUCAGGGCAGAGCAGCCAUGCUGGACUGCGCUGUCAGCGGCGACCCUGUUCCUUCCUUGCGGUGGCACAAAGAUGGCCAGCCGAUACUUGGCUCUCUGCGGUUUCAUCCCCUCCGCAAUGGCUCUCUGGCUCUGUAUAGUGCCACGAUCGGAGAUUCAGGAGAGUACAGAUGUGUUGCUGAAAGUGAGGCGGGCACUGUGGAAAGAACAAUAUCUCUGAAAGUACAAGUUCCAGGGGGCUACUCAAACUGGGAGGAGUGGGGCCCGUGCAGUGCCACCUGUGGGCAAGGCAUUCAGGAGCGAAUCAGAUUCUGUAACAACCCACCUCCAGCCAAUGGCGGGCCAUCGUGCGAGGGUCCAAAUGUGGAUUCCAGGAAAUGUCAGGCCUCUUUGUGUCCAGGCGAGUCUCCGCGGCGUGCACGGGGCAGUCUGAUAGGCAUGAUUAAUGAGAAGGAGUUUGGAGUGGCCUAUCUGGAAGCCAAUAUCACAGAGAAUGAAACUGAUGGUACCAGCAUGCUGGAGGCCCAUGUAGAGAACAUUCCUCCAAGUGUUGGUCCUUUGUUGCGAGUACUCGUGUCAGUAUUUGCCCCAAUUUACUGGACAACUGUAUAUCAAUCACCAGAAACCCAAAAUGGCUUCUCUCUCAAUCAAGGGCAGUUCAGACAGGAAUCUCAGCUGGAGUUUGACACAGGAGAGGUCUUAAAGCUGACUCAUGUGGCCAGAGGUCUGGAUGCAGAGGGGGCUCUGCUAGUGGACAUUGUGAUCAACGGCUUUGUUCCUCCUAUGCUGUUGACUUCUAAUCUCAAUCUGCAGGAGUUUGACGAGUCAUAUGUGCAGACAGGCUCCGGGCAGCUUUAUUCCUGGUCCUCACAGAAUCACAUGUGGGACAGUGCUCCUCUGACCCUACGAUGCAAUCAUUCUGUGGUUUUUGAAGGGCCGGAGAACCGUCAGGGGCCCCUGCUGCAGCUCCUCAGACUGACAGGAAUAAGUAGCACCUACAGCUUUUUUACUCUCAGCCUGGAGUUCAAGAUGACUGCCAGUUUACUCAUACCAGAGGGCGAUGGAGAGACAUGUCCAAAAGGUUUUGUAUUGGACACAGCAUCUUACUGUGCCGAUGAGGAUGAAUGUGCUGUUGACUCUCCCUGCUCACACGCAUGUAAUAAUAUUAUGGGCGGUUUCUCCUGCGCGUGUCCUUCUGGAUUCACCAUCUCUACUGAGUCCAACACCUGCCAAGAUAUUGAUGAGUGCACCCAAGGUUCCCACUUGUGUCACCCCAACCAGCAGUGUGUUAACACUGUUGGGACAUAUCGCUGUCAAGCCAAGUGUGGCCUGGGCUUCAAACCCAGUUUAGUUGGCACCAGCUGUGAAGAUGUGGAUGAGUGUCAAGAAUCAGCAGUCUCUCCAUGCCAGCAGCAGUGUUUUAAUACUCUAGGCUCCUACCGUUGCACCUGCCAUCCAGGAUACCAGCUGGUGGGACAUCGCUGCCUGGAUAUAAAUGAGUGUUUGAGGAAUGUGUGUCCAGCACACCAGCAGUGCCGAAACACAGAUGGAGGAUAUCAGUGUUUUGACAGCUGCCCAUCUGGCAUGACCGCAGCAGAAAAUGGAGUGUGUGUGGACAUAGACGAAUGCCAGGAUGGCAGUCACAUGUGCCGCUACAGCCAAAUCUGCCAGAACACAAUUGGUGGGUAUGGAUGUGUUUGUCCUCGAGGCUACCGCUCUCAAGGUGUAGGUCGACCUUGCUUAGAUAUUGACGAAUGCGCGCAGGUGCCCAGCCCUUGUGCUUUUCAAUGCCGGAAUGUUCCGGGCAGCUUCCGCUGCCUUUGUCCACCAGGGACGGUCCUUCUGGGUGAUGGUCGGUCAUGUGCUGGGCUCGAGAGAGGGCAUAUCUUUACCAACAGUACUCGUGUACAAGCCAGGUUGCGGCCCCAGCUGGUAUCUACUUUAGAGCGACCUUACCUCAGUCGCCUCUCAGUCCUACCAGAGCACCUUGGAUCUUCACGUCGUCCCAGGCAUGAAUGCCCAGUUGGAUACACCAGCAAGGAUGGUACUUGCAUAGAUAUCGAUGAAUGUGCAUUUAAAAAGCCUUGCCAACAUGAGUGCAGAAACACAAUAGGAAGCUACCAAUGCACUUGCCCACCAGGAUACCAACUAUUAUCCAAUGGCCGAACAUGCAAAGAUAUUGAUGAGUGCACUGUGCAAGGUGUUCAGUGUGGCCCAAACCAAAUGUGCUUUAACACACGGGGGGGCUACCAGUGUCUUGACACACCCUGUCCCACCAGCUACCAAAGAGGACGCAAUCCAGGCACCUGCUACAGGCCUUGCACUUCCAGACUAGAUUGUGGCUCUACAGGCUUUCCUCUGCUCCAGUACAAGCUCCUCACUCUUCCUCUGGGCAUACCAGCACACCACAGUGUGGCCCGUUUGUCAGCUUUCUCUGAAUCGGGUGUUCUCCAAGACCACACAUCCUUCACUAUCCUGGAGCAAGGAGGGGAAAAUGGAGAGAGGCCAUUUGGCAUCAAGGACGAAGCAGGAAGAGGCAUCAUAUUCACAGUAAAGCCUUUAGACUGGCCCGGCCUGGUGCGACUUCGGGUACAAGCCACUACGCUGUCAGACCAGGGGCGCAUAACCUACCAGAGUAUCUUUAUUAUCUACAUCUCCAUAUCCAAAUACCCCUACUGAGUGUGCAAGAC